AUGGAUAUCAAGGCGAAGGCUGCUUCGGCAGCAGAAAAGGAUGACAUCCCAGUGGAGUCUGGGGAUAUGCAACUUCUUGGAUGGCUAGCUGCCAGUGUGUUUAUCUUCAUCGUCGGUCUCGCCAUGGCCGACCUGGCCUCCGCAAUGCCAACGGCGGGAGGCCUUUAUUUCUGGACACAUUAUUUCAGCGGUGACAGAUGGAAGAACCCCCUGAGUUUUGUUGUCGGAUACAGUAAUACUAUAGGUCUCCUCGGUGGCGUUUGUUCUGUGGAUUAUGGAUUUGCUACCAUGCUACUGUCUGUUGUCUCACUGGCCCACGAUGGUAACUGGACUGCCUCUCGUCCAGUUGUGUACGGAACGUACGUGGCCUGCGUCGUCGUCCAUGGUCUCAUAGCUACGUUCUUUGGACGCAUCAUGCCCAAGAUUCAGUCGGCAUGUAUUGUGAGCAAUGUCGGUCUCGUGCUAGCCACUGUCCUCGCAUUACCCAUCGGGAAGGCUAUAAGGGGCGGGCAUAUUAACUCGGGUGCUUAUGUUUUUGGCCAUCUUGAAAAUCUCACAACCUGGCCCCAAGGUUGGGCGUUCAUGCUGGCCUGGCUCUCCCCGAUCUGGACCAUCGGGGCGUUCGACUCGUGUGUCCACAUGAGCGAGGAGGCUACUCAUGCGGCGCGCGCUGUACCUUUGGGUAUCAUCUGGUCUGCAGGCCUCUGCGGAGCUCUAGGGUUUCUCUCCCUUGCAGUAAUCACAGCUGUGAUUGAUGUCAACUUGGAUGGUGUAUUGAACACUAACCUUGGCCAACCAAUGGCACAAAUCUACUACGACUGCCUCGGAAAAAGCGGUGCCCUUGGCUUCAUGAUAGUAGUGGCAAUUGUCCAAUUUUUCAUGGGACUGAGUCUGGUGAUCGCUGCCUCUCGCCAAAGCUGGGCCUUCUCCCGAGAUGGCGCCCUCCCCUUCUCCUCCUUCUUCCGCAAAGUCAGCAAAAAGAUCCGCUACCAACCAGUCCGCAUGAUUUGGGGCGUCGUAGUAUCCGCUGUCAUCGUCGGUCUUCUCUCCAUAAUCAACAGCGCCGCCUCUAACGCCCUCUUCUCUCUUGCCGUAGCCGGCAAUGAUCUCGCCUGGAUGAUGCCCAUCCUCUGCCGGCUGGUCUGGGGCCAGGACCGAUUCCACCCUGGUGAGUUCUAUACGGGUCGAUUUAGUAAACCGAUAGCGGUCACCGCUAUUGUGUAUUUAGCGUUUGCAAUCAUCUUGUGUAUGUUUCCAACUACGGGGCCGGAUCCAACUCCGCAGGAUAUGAAUUAUACAGUUGUUAUUAAUGGAGCGCUUUGGGGAGGCGCACUUCUGUACUAUGGGCUAUAUGCAAGGAAGACAUAUAAGGGACCUCAGACGACGGUCGGCUCGUCAUCCAGUCCUUCCGAGGCAAAUCUUGGAGGGUUAUAA